CCAACAGCAAAAUGGAGAUGUUUGAGUGUUGGAAGCUUUGUGGGGAGUCAUGUGAUCUCUGCUCUUUGGUUUUGAUCCUUUAAACAGACAGUCGGCCUGAACUCACAAUAAGACAUGUCGAAGCUUUCCUGAUGGACUGAUAACACGCCGGCCAUGUGGAUACACGGCUUGUAUUCUGGGUCUUUCUGGGGUCAAAUUGACAACUAAAAUCCAGUGCAAAGAGUGGAGUAAAUAGAACUUGACAUCAGAAGUUUUACUCCAACAGAGCCGGUCAUGACGUCAGUCCUUUUUAUUUUGGCGGGGUGUUGAUAUUCCUGUUCGCUGUCCAAGUGCGCGACCUCAGCUGAAUGUUACCUCUUGUAGUGUCAACGGGGUCAUCUUGUAUCCUGCUUGUGUCGCUGUGCGUCUGCCCAGUCUUUGCAGCUGUGGAAAGUUUCAAGAGUUCGAGCUGCUUGUGGCUCAUGUUGUCCUCGAGGGUGUUCAACGCAAAAACAGCUGAACUGUUGAGUCACCACCAAGUAGAGAUCAACCAGAGUUUCCCCAAGGAGGGCUGGGUGGAGGAGGACCCCAAAGAGAUCAUGCAGUCUGUCUACGAGUGCAUCGAGAGGACUUGUGAGAAACUGUGCCAGCUCAACGUUGACAUCUCCAACAUAAAAGCGGUGGGUGUGACCAAUCAGAGAGAGACGACCCUGGUUUGGGACAAAGAGACCGGAGAGCCGCUCUACAAUGCCAUUGUUUGGCUGGACCUGCGCACACAGUCGACAGUGGAGAGGCUCAUCAACAAGGCUCCGGGCCAGAACAAGAACCACCUCAAGCACAAGACAGGCCUUCCCAUCAGUACCUACUUCAGCGCCGUGAAGCUCCGCUGGCUGCUGGACAAUGUGGACGAGGUGCGACAGGCAGUGCUGAGCGAGCGCGCCCUGUUUGGCACCGUGGACUCCUGGAUCAUCUGGUGCCUGACGGGGGGCAGGAAAGGAGGUGUCCACUGCACAGACGUCUCCAACGCCAGUCGCACCAUGCUCUUCAACAUUCACACCUUGGACUGGGAUCCUGAGCUCUGCAGGUACUUUGAUGUCCCCAUGGAAAUCCUCCCCAAAGUCAGAAGCUCCUCUGAGAUUUACGGCUGGAUGAAAUCCGGUCCUCUGGCAGGAGUUCCAGUCUCAGGGUGUCUCGGCGACCAGUCGGCUGCCCUGGUUGGUCAGAUGUGCUUCGAGAAAGGCCAGGCCAAAAACACGUAUGGGACCGGUUGCUUCCUGCUCAGAAACACAGGGACCAAGCCUGUCAUGUCGGACCACGGCCUGCUCACCACGGUUGCCUACAAAAUGGGAAGAGACGAGGCCGCCUGCUACGCGCUCGAGGGCUCCGUGGCCAUCGCGGGGGCAGUGGUGCGCUGGCUGAAGGACAACAUGGGCAUCGUGCAGUCCUCUUCAGAGAUCGAGGUGCUCGCAGCAGCAGCCGGCACGUCUUACGGCUGUUACUUUGUGCCGGCGUUCUCCGGACUCUACGCUCCCUACUGGGAGCCCAGCGCGAGAGGCAUCAUCUGUGGGCUCACUCAGUUCACCAACAGGAACCACUUGGCUUUCGCAGCACUCGAGGCCGUUUGCUUUCAGACCAGGGAGAUCCUCGAUGCGAUGAACCAGGACAGCGGCGUCCCUCUGACGCAGCUGCAGGUGGACGGAGGCAUGACGUCCAACAGGUUGCUGAUGCAGCUGCAGGCCGACAUCCUCUGCAUGUCCGUCGUGCGCCCCACCAUGUCAGAGACCACAGCUCUGGGUGCAGCCAUGGCGGCGGGUGCAGCGGAGGGGGUGGAUGUGUGGAACCUGAGUCCCCGUCACCUCCCACACAUCACAUCAGAGAAAUUCGAGCCGCAAAUCAACUCUGACGAGAGCGAGUUCCGCUUCGCUCGAUGGAAGAAAGCCGUCCAGAGGGCCAUGAACUGGGAGACCACAGAGCCUUGCAAUACCAACGGUUUAGGAAAGAAGAUGAACGGCGCCCCCUGGGGGGUCCCUCCCACCCCUCCCCCCUCCAGAGUGGACCCCUAAGAUCACCAGCAGUAACUCUGGGACAAGAGCUUCACGGGAAAGUGACUACAGGGGAAAACGUGCUCACAGGGACUAAAGAGACUCGACGGCUGCAGGAAGUGACACGCGGCCGUCACACGACUGUGAGACACUUUAUCAUCGACCUGUGGAGCGUUCUGAAGCGACUGCGGCGUCGUUUCUGAUUAACUUCCUUUUCUGAAGAAGAAGAAGAAGGUGUUCUUAAACCAUCCCUUGAAAACUAUGAAUUUGCAUUCUCCAGCUCCCUCUGGACUCGGUAGACAAGACGGUUUCAUUCAGCACGUCUUUGUAUGUACGUAUGUAUGUUCGGAUGUACGGGAUCCAAACCCAAGUGAGCAAAGUCAAACAUGCUGACUGCAACUCGGUUCUCGCUCAGCUUGUGUCGUGUUGAAGCAGCAGUUGGAGGAACAAGAGAGAGACGUGUUUUGUUCUUGGACUUAAAGGUUUAACGUGAGACACGUCGGGUCGAAUCAUUAAAAUGAGCUUCAACUUUCUGGAUUGACGUGGCAGGAAAGAAAAACACUGAAAUGUUUUGAAUGUUUUCUGUUAAUCGGUACUGAUGUCAAAGCGACUCUGCGGGCUCUCGACAGCACUUUAACUUAUCCAGACGUGGGGCCUGCAGGGCCUUUUUUUAAAGAGUGACCACUUGACCAUUUUUAGGGAGUGAUUUUUAUAUUUUUUAGAUUCAUCACUACUGUAGUCAGAGCCGUGACGAUUAAGGAACCUUCAACUAAAUGUAAAACCAACAGCUUGAUUUCUGUUCACACAAUUUUAUAUGCAAGUCCAAUGAAAACGCAGCCGUCUGACAUGCGAGCCGUCCAACGCGUCCACUGAGGAACAUCUCAGAAUGAAGACGAAGUCAAACUUUCAGAAAGCCGAACGUUGUUUAAAUUCAGAUUCAGAAGGGUACGUUUUAUGAAUUUCUGUUGACUGAUUUGUGAUUUACUCAGAAAAGGUUUGUUCAUGUUUGUACUGAGGAUUAUUACACCAUAUAUCAGCAUGCUGUUGAGUUUUGUUUUUGUUUUUUGUAAUUGUUUUGAAAAGACGUACAGCGAAAGUGCUUUAGCUCUGGAGGAAUGCUGUAGACCGUGCAAUAAAUGUGAUGAAGAUCUGA